UUUGGUUUGUUUCUUGUUUCGGUGUGCAGUCAGGCCUGAAGCUAAAAAAAAGCCAAGCCAGAAAAGUGUAAAGUGCAAGCGACAGCAGAGCCAACGGCAAGAAUUUCGCGAUUUUUCUUUUUUUUCUCGUUUUUUGUUUAUGUUUUUCUUUUUUUUUUUUGACUGCCGCGCUCCAAUUGCAAAAUUUGUAAACUUCUUCAGUUUUGGACUAACGAUCUGACGAACAUCGCCCGCUCAGACCGCCUCCACACCACAAAUGAGCCCCGCCUGAACUCCUCACUGGCCAUCUUCAUUAUGAUGAUGAUGAUGAUGACGACAGCAACAACUUCAGCAUCCGCAUCUCAAAUGGCAUCGGGCCACUUGACCGACUGCAGCAGCAUGCAGGGCUCGAGCACAAGCUCGGCAUCCAGCGACGUGAUGACCCUGACCACAACAGCGGCCUCCUCUUGGUGCGCCAUUCCAGCCAGCUCUCGUCUGCGGGUGUUGCGUCUGGUGCGUCCGCAUCAACGGCGAUUGCUGGUGGUCCCGGAACAUAAUGCCACCUUUGGCUUUGCCGUACGCGGUGGAAAGGAGCACGGCACUGGAUUCUUUGUCUCCCAUGUGGAGCAUGGAGGCGAAGCUCAAUUGAAAGGUCUAAGGAUUGGCGAUCAAAUUCUGCGCAUCAAUGGCUUUCGACUUGAUGAUGCCGUCCAUAAGGAGUUUAUUCAAUUGGUAGCCAGUCAGGACCGCGUCACAUUAAAAGUGCGAGGUGUGGGAAUGCUGCCAGUCAAGGACCAACCAGAGGAGCGUCUAUCGUGGAGUGUGGUCAAGUUGGGCAGCGUCAGUGGAACGCCCUCGGAAAGCUCCUUCAAAACGGAACGACGCACAGCCAGCCGAGACAUCAGUGUAGUCCUUCAUGUGGCUCCGCGAACCAAACUUGGCCUGGGCAUUUGCAAGGGUCCCGAAUGGAAGCCGGGCAUCUUUGUCCAGUUCACCAAAGAGCGAAGUGUUGCCCGAGAGGCUGGCCUCAGGCCAGGCGAUCAGAUCCUCAGCGUGAACAGCAUAGAUUUUUCCGACGUGCUCUUUAGCGAGGCGGUGGCCGUAAUGAAGAGUUCAAGCAAAUUGGAUAUGGUCGUACGGACAGCGGCUGGCUGUGAUCUAUUUCCAGGCGAGUCGAGUGGCUACAACAGUUCGGCCAGCUCAGUUACUGGUGAUCAGAGUCCAUGCUGGGCGGAUGCCAAAUCGAAGCGUCUAACAGCCGUCCACGAGGAACCCACACACACUGGCUCUUCUCGGCACUGGGCGGCGUCCAAUAACAACAACAACAACAGCAACAACAAGGGCGUCGAGGUGCACAAGCAAAUGAACAAGACGAUUAUCAAAUUGUCGGAGAAUGGAACGUCCAUCAACAACACCUACAUAGCCAGCUCCAAAGCGAACUCAAUAGUCGAACAAUCGGCCCCAUCGUCAAGAAGUGGUGGCCCAACGAAAUGCCAUCAGCAGAAGCUGGGGGCUCCUCCGCCAGCACCACCUCCAGCAAUGUAUAAAACCGAGGCCGAGUCAUCUUCAAUGGGGGGUGGUGGUGAUGGUGGUGCUGGUGGUGGUGGUGUCGGAAGCAGCAGCAGCCUUUCUAGUGCCAUAAACGAAGAGCUCAAGAAACGCAAAGAGAAGCAACAAUAUCAGCAACAACAUCUGCGCAAUCGAGAUGAAGAUCGUCAGCAACAGCAGAGACCGCAACCGCACAAUGGUAACCACCGCAGCAACGGCAACAGCAGCAGCAACAGCAACAGCAACAGCAACGCGGCUAGUAUUGCUCAAGUGUCGCCCAAGCAGAGAACGACAAUUGCUGGCGUCGCUACCAACAAUUCCACUGGCAGCGAACGCAUCAGCAAUGGACCAAUUGGUGGCGGUGGCGGAGGCGGAGGCGGAGGUGGGGAUCAGCAUAGCGCUCUGAUGGAUGAAUUCAAGCGAGCACACCAGCGUAUGUUCAGGAACGGGUUCCAUGAGAGCGAGCACAAGGAGCGUGGUGAGACGCUAAAGCGUACCUCAAUUAUGCCUGAUGAUACCUGCUAUCGGAAUAGCACCAACAAUGGCAACACAAACAAUAACAACGCCAGCAAUAAUCGCAUAUCGCUGAUGAAUGGUGGCAACAGCAACAACAACAACACCAAUGCAAUUGAAAUUGGAAAUGGUAUCAAUGGAAGCAAUAUCAAUGGAACGCCAGAGCUGCCACCACCGCCGCCACAAUUUGCCAAUCCCCAGCAGUCAUUAUAUAAGCAAUUACCCACACAACAGCAGCAGCAGCAGCAGCAGCAACAGCAACAACAGCAACAGAAACAGCUGCAACUAAAACUAAAUGGUAACAUCGCCGCCGCCUCCAACACUCCUACAAGUGGCCAGCCUACAAAAAUUAAACAGCCAUCCUCGCCCAUGCGUAGUGCUAGCAUAAAUGUCGGUGGUUUUCGACCUCCAGCAACGCCUCAGCCCGACUACGAUGCGGUGCAACUGCGUGGCAACACAAAUCAGCAUCAACUGCAGCAGCAGCAGCAACAACAGCAGCAACAACAACGUCGCACCCUUCGACUGGGCACAGUUACCAUUGGAGAAUAUGGAGAUCAGCGUGCCAAGCGCAACACUCUUCGUAAAAUGAACUCCAUCAAUGGGAGUAGUUCAAAUGCCACCACGCCCACAAGUCCAUCUGCCUCAGCCUCAUCGAAUGGCAUAUUAAAGAAUGGGAAUCGAAGCAGUGCCAGCUUUAGCAGCACUCGUCAACCGCAUACAGAAAAGUCCAUCAAGUUUGGCAAUUAAGAAACGAAGCAGAAAUAAAAUUCGUGUGCAAUAAGAGAGGACCUGCUGCAGGAGCAGGAUUAGGUGGUGGAGAUCGAUGCCUCCUACUUCUGAUAGUUAGUACAAAACGCGGGCAUGCAGCAGAUUCAUACAUACAUAUUUCCACUCUCUUUCUCCACUUGUUUUUGUUUUCCUUUUUUUUGUGUUUUUUUUCUGUUUCUGCAAGUUUAUUAAUUCAUUAGUUGCUAUUAUUUAAUAUAAAUAUUAUAUAAUUGUA